GCUGAGCCCUGGGAGCUUUCUCUGGGUGCUACGUGCCAAAGCCACAUGCUGCAGUGCUGCGGAGCAUGGCCUCCCUGGAGAAGUUCAUUCAUUCUCUGGACCUCAGAGCCCUCCCCAGGGUCCUCCAAAUCCAGUCAGGCAUCUACAGCCAAGGCUCUGACUAUGGGAUGUUUGGAAAUGAAUGCUCCCUGUCAACAGAAGAAGUCAUUAAAGUUAUUGGCUUCAAAAUUAAUAAGCUCAUAGCAAGUAUCUGUGAGAAUAAUGAAGUCAGCCAGUUUUCAGCCAAAGUGGAAUUACCACUAAAUUUUCCUGGUCUUUAUAAGGUUGUGGCAGAUAAGACUCCAUAUGUCAGCAUUGAAGAAAUUGCAACAAAAGUCUCUAUUGGGCCAACAAGGUUUGGCCAUCCUUGUUUCUACAGCGCCAAGGAUAUAAAACUGGCAAACUUCACUAUCAAACACGGUGAGCAGAUCACCUUUAACUCAGUGGAAGAGAUCCAUGGAACAAUGGCUGUGAGCUGUGUCGUGGUCAGAAAUAACCAGUCUCACUCCUUUGCAUUGCCCCUUUCGCAAGAAGGAGAAUUCUACGAGUGUGAAGACGACCAGAUAUACACCCUAAAAGAGAUUGCAGAAUGGAAAAUCCCUAAGUGUAGAAACCGGAUAGUUAAACUUUCCAACACUUUACCUUUGUGGGACUCCUCUAGUCCACUUCCUGAGAAUUUUGAUGGCUGCUUGAUUCUCAUGCCUGUCUACGAAGUGCAGGCAGUAAUGAAAUUUCGAAAGGACAUAGUUCAUAUCCUUUCAGAUCUGGAUGUUGAGGUCAAGGAUGUAACAGACUGUUAUGAUACUAGCUCCUUCCUUCAGCCAUUUUCUUUGGAAGAUAUAUUUGAGAGAACAAGCAAAGAAUUUCCUAUGGUUGCUGAGAUAAUGGAAGGGCCUUCAGGAAGCCAAAAACCUUAUAACUUAUUGUCUAAAGGGAAAAAGAUUGUCAUAUACAAAAAGUACCAGGCAGCAAGAGUCCUAGCCUCUGAGAUGAGAAGUGAUUCCUCCAAAAGACGUUAUUUAAUCCCUAUGAGCUACAAAGGAAAGUUCAAGAGAAGACCUCGAGAGUUUCCAACUGCCUAUGACUUAGAAAUAGCAAGAAGUGAAAAAGAACAUCUUCAUGUUGUAGCAACCAAAGCCUUUACUUCCCCUCAUAAAGAGCUUUUUUCUGUUUCAGUUGGAGAUCAGUUUCUAGUUCAGCAACGUCAGACCAGUGAAGUUCUCUAUGAGGGAAGAAAGAGACUCAUAGAUGUUUUAGCCUGUGAGCAAAUACUGAGUGAUUCAUAUAAAAAAGUGCUCCUCCCUAUGUACAUGGAAGGUGGCUUUGUGGAAGUGAUUCAUGACAAGAAACAGUACCACCUUUCUGAGAUUUGCAAAGAAUUCCAUUUGCCUUUUAAUGUCAAAGUGUCCGUGAGGGACCUUUCCAUCGAGAAAGACAUCUUGGCUGCUGCCCCUGGUCUGCAGUUUGAAGAAGAAAUCACAGACUCUUACUUGCUGAUCAGUAGUGCCAGCAGUCCAGUGGAGAGCUGGGAGAUUCCUGUGUAUCGCUCAAACAUGCUGGUCCACUUGCUCAACAAAGGUGUCCAGACCACUGAGCCGCCUGUGACUCGGACAGCAGUGGAAGAGGUCAGCCAAGAGGAAUACUAUAUGCUGAGAAGAUAUGAAAACCUAACCCUUCAUCCACCACCCAGGCCUCCCAAAAAGCCAACAACAGCACCUCCACCUACUUUUGCACUGCCUAAGCCAGGUGUGUGUGAUGUGCUACAGGCUCCAGAGAAUUUCUACAUAGACACCACCAAGAAAUUGUGCUCAGAUCAAGCUGCUGAUGUUUUGGAAUUGCAAGUUAGUUGUCAAAAUGAUUUGGUGCAUCGUGAGAAUAAUGACAUGACUGAGAAAGCUAGACUAGUGGAUACCACUGUGACUGAAGGCCUAGCAAGAAACUAUGAGGCAGAAGAGACAGAGGAAGAAGAACAUGACUACAGCUAUAUUGAUGAAAACAUCAUUGAAAAUAUAAGAAAAGUAUUUCAUGACACCAGCAUUAGAAAUGAGCAUACACUCUCCAAAGGCAGAAGAGACAUCUGAAGGAAUAUAAUUCUGAAAUUAACUGGAAGGAAGUAGGAAGCUGUGUCCUUUGCACAUCAAGAUUGACCACAACUGUUAGAGAAAGCUGCUCAGGAAAAUGUCCUUCUUGACUCAUGAAGAGCAUACAAGGCUGUAAUUUAACUAUAAUAAUCCCCUGCAAAACUAAACUGCUUACUUGUCCUAAAUAAGAAGUCAAACCAGCUAAUGUCUUAUGACCCUUUGAAGGGACAAAGCUCUUCUGUACAUAUUUAUUAGUGAAUUCAGAGAACGAUGCCAAGUCUAAUCCUUCAUUCCUAUUGCACCUGAAAUUCCGGUUAUUUCCUCAACCUCUGUAGGGCAUAUGCAAAAGGAACAUCCCUUACUGAAACAGCUGCAGGGCUGCUUCCUUUGGGUUUUGGUUUUGGGGCCUUUUUUUGAGAAGGAAAGGGUAAUAAAGGAUUGUCUAAGGUUGACAUUAAUUUCUUUAGCCAGUCUUAUGUGCUUCAGGUUAAGGCUCAAAACUGGAAAUGGACAGAUUCUGCCACUUUUCACAUGAUGAACAAAGCACAAGUAGUACCAUUGCACAACAUGUAAUUUGGCCUGGAAGGCAAAGCCAUUCCUCUCACAAGGCAUGUAUGUUAUGUAGCAUUGGCAUCUCCAUAACCCCUUGUCCUGCUAAUAUCUAGAAUCACACUAAAGCUAUUCUAUUCAGCAGUUUGCUGAAAAUACAGGCACAAACGGUAGACAGGAUCUGAAGGAUUAGUGUCUAUGCCAUCCCUAUCCACCUAGAAUAGGUGCAUAACCCUCUGGCAGUGACUGGAAUUUCAGGGAAAACUAUCAAGAAUGGAAGUGUAAACACACUGUUGGUAUGCCUGGGGUUUCCAGAGUCAACAGCAGCUUGGUCAGAGUGGCAGAUCCAGAAACCAGCAGCGUGGAGAAAGGGAAUAUGUUUAGAAAGCCUGCACAUACCCUAUUUUUAGUUCUAUUGAGGAGUUAAAAAAAGCAAAAUCUCCAAAAAUUGCCUUAGUAUACUUUACAGCAAAAGUCUUUUCAAGCAGACAGUGUCUUCAGACUUGUCUAUUAAAAUUCUACUGAAUGAUUAAUUUUCACUAAUGCAAAUUAAUUUAGGAUUUCUUGAUAUUGUCUCACAUUAAUUUAUUCAAGAUAAA